UCGGCACGGAAUACCAUCGCUGUCGGCGUUCGCCCUUUUUGCCAAGACUCCGAACUACCACUCUCUCUUACAUUCCCCCGGAUGACAGUGCAGUCGGCAUCGGACAACACCUCUCACUUGACACACUUCAGGCUGAGUUAUCCUCCUCGAAUCAGCAUACGUAACACGCCCGGACAAAAGAUUCCAGUCUGGAAGCUAAUUAUAUGUAUUAUGUGUUGUACACGUAUCACGCCAGGCUAGCACGGAAUACAUCAGCUUGAAGAAACCAACCAUCUCCCCCUAGGAUACCCAUGGUUUGAUUUUGACCUCGUCAGAGAAUCCCUCAGUUGUAUCCCACCCACACUUACCGUCGACACUCUCAUCCCACCUGACAGUGCCAUGGCCGACCACGAGGACAUCAAGACACAGCGCUUGCUGCGUAUGACGCUAUCGCACUACAAGAACGAGGAAUGCAGCGAGGAGGAGAUGCACCGUUUCGCAACCGAAGACCAUGCCGUCCACGCCGCCAAGAUCCACGCGAGGCACGGAAUGGAGGCUUACGCGAUUGUCUUCACUCCCGCCAGCUUUCGCAAGGCAUCCCGCGAGCUGAACGCCCAGCUCGGCGACAAAUGGGUCAUCCGUGACUAUGACCUCCAGGUCGAGUUCUAUUUCCGCGACAUGUCUAUCCUGCCGGGCCUGGCCGCGGAUCCAGACUUCCAGGCCAUGCAGGCUAUGGAGGGGCCAAUCGUCAGUAGACUCCACGUUGAGCAGAGCAUCGGAUGGGUCGAGACAUACAUCAAGGAUGGCAAGAUUGUCAACGUGGACGAGAACGGGAAACCAACCUAUCCCAAGUUCAGUGCCCUGAGCGUUGCUCCUAACAAGCCUCCUCCGGCUUGACAUGUGCGGGUUCGCAGAGAGUCUACGUGUGGACUUGGACAUGCGCUAUAAAUGGGAAAACACCGACAAAAAGGG